CAUGGGCAACCGGGGCAUGGAGGAGCUGAUCCCGCUGGUCAACAAGCUGCAGGACGCCUUCAGCUCCAUCGGGCAGAGCUGCCACCUCGACCUGCCCCAGAUCGCCGUGGUGGGCGGGCAGAGCGCCGGCAAGAGCUCCGUCCUCGAGAACUUCGUCGGCCGGGACUUCCUGCCUCGCGGUUCUGGAAUUGUCACCCGGCGACCUCUCAUCCUUCAACUUAUCUUCUCUAAAACAGAAUAUGCAGAAUUUUUGCACUGCAAGUCCAAGAAGUUUACAGAUUUUGAUGAAGUUCGGCAGGAGAUCGAAGCGGAGACUGACAGGGCCACGGGAACCAACAAAGGCAUCUCUCCCAUUCCCAUUAACCUAAGGGUAUAUUCACCUCAUGUGUUGAAUUUAACUUUGAUUGACCUCCCGGGUAUCACUAAGGUGCCAGUAGGAGACCAGCCGCAAGACAUCGAAUACCAGAUCAAAGAUAUGAUUUUGCAGUUCAUUAGCCGAGAGAGCAGCUUGAUUCUCGCGGUGACUCCGGCGAACAUGGACUUGGCCAACUCGGACGCUCUCAAAAUGGCCAAAGAAGUUGACCCACAAGGGCUAAGGACGAUCGGGGUGAUGACCAAGCUAGACCUGAUGGAUGAAGGCACCGAUGCCAGAGAUGUCCUGGAAAACAAGCUCUUACCUCUGCGGCGAGGCUACAUCGGAGUUGUGAACCGGAGCCAGAAGGACAUCGAUGGCAAGAAGGACAUCCGGGCCGCUCUGGCCGCUGAGCGCAAGUUCUUCCUUUCCCACCCUGCUUACAGACACAUGGCCGACCGCAUGGGAACUCCCCAUUUGCAGAAGGUCCUCAACCAGCAACUGACAAACCAUAUUCGGGAGACUCUGCCUUCGCUGCGUAGCAAACUACAGAGCCAGUUGCUUUCCCUAGAGAAAGAGGUGGAGGAAUACAAGAACUUCCGCCCGGAUGACCCGACGCGGAAAACCAAAGCCUUGUUGCAGAUGGUCCAGCAGUUUGCCGUGGACUUCGAGAAGCGGAUCGAAGGUUCUGGGGACCAGGUAGACACGCUGGAGCUCUCCGGCGGAGCGCGGAUCAACCGCAUCUUCCACGAGAGGUUCCCCUUUGAGUUGGUCAAGAUGGAGUUUGAUGAGAAGGACCUGCGACGAGAAAUCAGCUAUGCGAUCAAAAACAUCCACGGUGUCAGGACGGGGCUCUUCACACCAGACAUGGCUUUUGAGGCCAUUGUGAAAAAACAGAUUAUAAAGCUCAAAGAGCCCAGUUUGAAGUGUGUUGAUCUGGUGGUCUCAGAGCUGGCUAUGGUCAUUAAAAAGUGUGCUGAGAAGCUUGGCUCUUACCCCAGGCUGCGCGAAGAGACGGAGAGGAUUGUCACGACGUACAUCCGGGAACGUGAAGGGAAAACGAAGGACCAGAUUCUCCUGCUGAUCGACAUAGAGCUGUCCUAUAUCAACACCAACCACGAAGACUUCAUCGGAUUUGCCAACGCCCAGCAAAGGAGCACCCAAGCGAAUAAGAAAAGAGCCAUCCCGAAUCAGGGGGAGAUACUGGUGAUCCGCCGGGGCUGGCUGACCAUCAACAACAUCAGCAUCAUGAAAGGCGGCUCCAAGGAGUAUUGGUUCAUCUUGACAGCAGAGAGCCUGUCUUGGUACAAGGACGAGGAGGAGAAAGAGAAGAAAUACAUGCUUCCUCUGGACAACCUGAAAAUCAGAGAUGUGGAGAAAGGGUUCAUGUCCAACAAGCACGUCUUUGCCAUCUUUAACACAGAACAAAGGAACGUGUAUAAAGACCUCCGUCAGAUUGAGCUCGCCUGCGACUCCCAGGAAGAUGUGGACAGCUGGAAGGCCUCCUUCCUCCGAGCUGGUGUCUACCCUGAGAAAGACCAAGUGGAGAAUGAAGACGGGGCCCAGGAGAACACCUUUUCCAUGGACCCUCAGUUAGAACGCCAAGUGGAAACUAUCCGAAACCUUGUGGAUUCAUACGUUGGGAUCAUCAACAAGUCCAUCCGGGACCUCAUGCCAAAGACGAUAAUGCACCUAAUGAUAAACAAUACCAAGGACUUCAUCCAUUCGGAGCUGUUGGCCUACCUGUACUCUUCCGCAGACCAAAACAGCCUGAUGGAGGAGUCCGCCGACCAGGCACAGCGUCGGGACGACAUGCUGCGGAUGUACCAUGCCUUGAAGGAGGCGCUCCACAUCAUCGGGGACAUUAGCACCAGCACUGUGUCCACCCCCGUUCCCCCGCCUGUGGACGACACGUGGCUGCAGUCAACGAGCAGUGGGCACAGCCCAACACCCCAGCGCCGGCCCACUUCUACGGUGUUGCCCCCAGGGAGGCCCCCAGCGGUACGGGGCCCCAUGCCGGGCCCCCCCUUGAUUCCGAUACCCGCAGUGGCCAGUGGCUCCAACUUCGUGGCACCGCCCAUUCCUUCGCGACCUGGACCUCAAAGCUCCUUUGUGGUGAACAACGACCCCUUCUCGGCACCACCUCAGAUUCCUUCGCGACCGGCACGUGUUCCGCCUGGCAUCCCUCCAGGCGUGCCCAGCCGGAGACCCCCCGCCGCCCCGAACCGGCCUACCAUUAUCCGACCAGCCGAGCCCUCCUUAUUAGAUUAACCACAAACGUCCUGGGGAGCCGUUGCUUGCUAACCAUCUCGUGGAAAGAACUCACGCCU